AAUACUGUGAACUCAACAGCAGUUAUUAACUUCCUGCUAAAGAACCAAUUACAGUAUCAGAAGGUUACAAAGGCUGGUCAAUCCUGUAACUGUCUCUAUAGUUACUGUUAACUUCAAAGAAGCAAGAUCUCCGUUCCUGUCUAAGCACACGGGGCCCUCAAGAUGAAUCCUCAGGUGGUUAUGAGCCAGCCGCAGGUGAUGGUGGUCCAACAUCAAAGUCCUCAGUGGCAAUCAGGCUUACUCGAUUGUUUCAAUGACUGUGGAGUCUGUCUCUGUGGAUCGUUUUGUUCCAUGUGUUUGGGAUGCCAAAUUGCUUCAGAUAUGGAUGAAUGCUGUCUCUGUGGCACAAGCAUGGCCAUGAGAUCCGUCUAUCGGACAAAAUAUGGCAUUCCGGGAUCCCUCUUGUCUGACUUCUUGGCAGUCCUGUUUUGCCCUCUCUGUUCUUUUUGCCAACUCAAGCGAGACAUCAAUAAAAGAAAAGACAUGGGAAUCUUCUAGGAAGUUCUGGUUGUAUUCAGCAGUACAUGUCCUACCAUCUCAAACUCAACUUAUACUUGAGAACUUAUACUUCUCAAUGAUCCUUCAUAAUCAAACCAAAUUGUUCUUUGAAAUUAUCCCCAGUAAAUGUGUUCUCCGCAAGAUAAUACACUGGAUGCCAUUGUUCACAAAAUAAUAUGGUAUUUUAAGGCAUAUAAUUUGUGCAGUUUUCUUACUGGAAAUUAACCUAGAAUUAAAACUAAAUCUUAUGCCAUUUACCUAUCCUCAAUUUGGCAGAAAUAUA